UUUAUUGCUCGAUGGUGAAACGGUACUCGUGGCAGCAUUUGAGCCUUUGCUUUUUGUUCAAUUCUUCUGUGUGGAGCAUGGUCGGUUGAAUUGCGGCAUCUUCCUUUCUCAUGUGCUUCAACUUUCAUUAAUAAGUUUAUUCGCUAGCUGCAAUUAAAAUCAAAAUUCAAACUUGAAUUACAUGUAUACCAAAUUCUAAAGAGGAGCUAAUUCUAUUGUUUGCUUCUUUUUUUCUUUUUUGGUUUGUCUUCUUUUCAUGAAUCAUAGGAUACUUCAGGGAGAAACUCUUGAAGCAAAAUCGGUACGAAAACAUAGGUAGAGAUGUAUAUGUUAUAUCUGCUAGUUCAGCAACAUAUGCAUCAAUAAUGAGAGACAUAAAAUGAUUUCAAGUUCCAAAGAUCAAGCAGAUUCUUCCACAAAACCGGAAGGAAAUGCAAGAGAUGGCAAGAUGAUUAAGGCUUCAUCUAGUACUACUUCAUCUCCAUGGUUAAGGUUGAAGGAUCCAAGAAUUGUGCGUGUUUCGCGAGCUUUUGGAGGUAAAGACAGGCAUAGCAAAGUUUGUACCAUAAGAGGAUUGAGAGAUAGGCGAGUGAGGCUUUCUGUGCCCACUGCUAUUCAGUUGUAUGAUCUUCAAGAUAGACUUGGACUUAAUCAACCAAGCAAAGUUGUUGAUUGGUUGCUCAACCAGGCGAAGCAUGAAAUUGAUGAACUGCCGCCCCUCCCAGUGCAACCAGGGAAUUUGGGUCUAACCUAUCAGCAAGAAGGGUUUAGGAUCAAUAGCAGCGUCAAUCGGGAAGAUGGAGAUGAAGGAUUGCCCAGAUCAAAUACAAUUUGGGGUUCUAACGCUCUUUGGUGGGCUAAAUCAAAAGAAACUGCACGGGAAGCAGCAAUAAAUGGGAAAGAAAAUUGGACAAAGGGAACUCAAAAGGAGAAGCAAGGUGCUAAUGAAGGGCAAGCAGCAGAAGUUUCUUCAAUCAACUUCUUACCUAGACCCCACAAUUCUUCCUUAUCAGGCUUGUUGAAUACUGUUGUGCCUUAUGGUUCAUAUGCAAAUUUUCCUUUGUCUCAUCAAUUAGGAAGUCAUCACGGAUUUACAUCCCAAACAGAAGAGCCUCAUAACUUCAAUGCUGUGCCAUUGCCAUCCACAUUGUCUCUAUCAUCCGGCUCUCAGAGUUUGGUAACACCGCAACAACUCUUCCCUUCACAUGUUACAGCUUCUGUUCAGAUUGAUCCGCGACAAAUCAACCAGUUUCAAAUGUUGAGCUCCAGUAGUUCACACAACCUCUCUUCAAAUUCUCUUUCCCCACCUUUACAAUCCAUAAGCCAGUCCAUGAGACCCUUCCAUUUUAGUAUGACUCCUAUGCUUCUUCCUUCUCACAGCAACAGCGGUAGCCAGUCAGAAAAGGACCAAGAGUUUCCUUCUAAAUAAGAAACAUGAAAGCAUUACAGGAAUUGAUGGAAAAGGCAAUAAAUCUCCCUCUUUUAAAGAAACAAGCAUGGUUCAAAAUAUGUGAUUCAGAAGAAAGGCACAGUCUUGUAAUAGGUAGGCAUGCAAGAGUAUGUAUACCUUGCGCUGGAGGUGAAAAUCUGACAUGUUCUGGGUAAAUCUUAAUUGCUUAACCUAGACUUGCAACAUCAUAAAGCCUCAAUCACCAUCUAUUCCCUAAAAAAUGCAUUCAUAUUACUUAAACCAAUAAGUAUUUAAUGUCAUCGUAUGAUUAAAUAUUACUAUAUUUUUUAAUUUAAAAUUACUCGAUCAUAAAAUGAUAUAUCAUCUAAGUAUCAAAUUAGAUACUAAAAAUUAGAUAUAGUUAGUUAGUUGUAUUAUGUAAGUGUAUCCCAUGUUUUUAAAACUUAGAAACUCCAUGCUUAACCCUACAAGAAAUUUGAUUAUUGUGAUUAAAAAAAUUUUGACAAAAUAUAUUUUGUCAAAAUAAAAUAGGUUAUUGUGAUAAAUAUUGAACAUUUGUCACUAUAUUUGUUAAGUAAUAUGAUUUCAAGGAUUGUAAUAAGUUGUGAUGAAUGUUCAUAAUUAUUCUUCUAAUUGCAUAUGUGCAUGCAUUGUAGUUGAUGUUGAAUUGCUAUGUGAGGGGGUGGAUUCGAGCCAAUUCGGCUCAAUGUUUGACUUCAAUAAGUCAAAUUUGAGUUUUUCACUGACUUUUCUUCUUCUUCAAUUUCCUCUUCAUUGAUUUCUUUGAUGAUAUUUAUUUUUCUUUUUUAUAUCUAUCUCUGGUGACUUCUUUUUCUUAUCCUCUACACUUUCUGGUAGUUUUUCUAGCAAACUCAUGUUAAUUCAAAUGAGCUCAUAUUAACCUUUAUUCGGAUUCAACUCAGCUUGAAUCCACCCCUAAUGGUCAAAAAUGCCUCAAAUCCUAUUUUAUAUGCAUAAAUAUGUUCACAAACUGAUAGCUAGUUCCUCGUACAACUAUUCAUUGAGAAUAAAAAAGGCAUCAAAUAUAUAAUCAGAUAAGAACGAUAUGGAACACAGUGUUAUAAUUAUACACAUAUAAUCACAGCAGCAGCUGGUCUGUCUUGCACAAUUUGAAGCUUCAAUAAAUUUCUGGUCCAGAGAUUCUCUGUGUUGUGUUUCCCUCUCAUGGAAACUCCAAAUACAAACCUAUAAUUAAGUCAAUCUUGUUGUAAUAUCCAUGCUAAUAGUAGUAAGACAUUAAACAAUUGAACUGUGCA